AUGCCUUUCGAUCGCCCACAAGUUUAGCCCCACCAUGAGCCUGCCCCUCCACCAAGAAUUGGUUCACUACUUACUCUAGCUUCUCCCUACCAAUUGAGUUUCUAUUUAUUCGAAAUCGCUCUCUCGAGCCUUCACCCUUCUGUUUCUAUCAUAUAUCUUGUCGACCACCAAUCAUGGCCAAGUUUGACCAAAAGGCUGUCCUGAUCGUCAUUGACGGCUGGGGCGUGGCUACGGAGAAGUCGCGCAAGGACGGCGAUGCUAUUCUUGCUGCAGACACACCAUGCAUGGACGAAUUCGCGAAAGAGAGCUCCAAGACUGCCCAGGGCUACACUGAGCUCGAGGCUUCGUCUCUGGCUGUAGGUCUCCCGGAAGGCUUGAUGGGCAACAGUGAGGUCGGUCACUUGAACAUUGGCGCCGGCAGAGUCGUAUGGCAAGAUUCGGUUCGCAUUGGUCAGACUAUCAAGAACGAAAAACUAAAGGACGUCGUCAAUGUCAAGAAGUCUUUCCAGCGCGCCAUCGACGGAAACGGCAGGCUACACCUGCUGGGUCUGGUCUCUGACGGCGGCGUCCACUCACAUAUCGACCACCUGGUAGCUCUUCUCAAGGUCGCGAAGCAGCAGGGUGUCCCCGAGGUUUUCAUCCACUUCUUCGGCGAUGGCAGAGAUACCGACCCCAAGUCUUCUGUUGGAUACAUGCAGGACUUGUUGAAGGCCACCAAGGAGAUUGGACUGGGUGAAAUUGCGACCGUAGUUGGGCGAUACUUCAUCAUGGAUCGCGACAAGAGGUGGGACCGCGUCGAGAUCGGUAUGAAGGGUCUGGUGACUGGAGAGGGCGAGGACAGCAGCGACCCAGUAGCCACCAUCAAGGAGAGGUACGAGAAGGGAGAGAAUGACGAGUUCUUGAAGCCUAUCAUUGUGGGUGGAAAGGAGCGAAGAGUGCAGGAUGGCGACACUCUGUUCUUCUUCAACUACCGCUCCGAUCGGGUGCGCGAGAUUACCCAGCUCAUGGGCGAUGUCGACCGCUCGCCUAAUGCCGACUUCCCAUACCCCAAAGACAUCCACGUCACGACCAUGACCUCGUACAACCCCAAAUACACCUUCCCUGUCGCGUUUCCGCCCCAGAAGAUGAACGAUGUUCUCGCAGAAACGCUCGGGAAGCAGGGUGUGAAGCAGUGCCACGUCGCCGAGACAGAGAAGUACGCUCACGUCACUUUCUUCUUUAACGGUGGUGUUGAGAAGCAGUUCGAGAACGAAGAGCGUGAGAUGGUGCCGUCACCCAAGGUUGCCACCUAUGAUUUACAACCUACCAUGAGUGCCAUGGCUGUUGCGGACAAGCUGAUUGAGCUGAUCAAGGCGGGCAAAUUUGAGUUUCUGAUGAACAACUUUGCACCACCAGACAUGGUCGGCCACACUGGUGUGUACAAGGCCGCCAUCGAGGCCUGCACGGAGACCGACAAAGCCAUCAAGAGGGUUUACGACCAAUGCAAGGAGAGCGGAUACGUUCUGUUCGUCACUGCUGAUCACGGAAACGCAGAAGAGAUGCUCACAGAAGAGGGCACGCCCAAGACAUCACACACAACCAACAAGGUUCCCUUCGUCAUGGCUAAUGCCCCCGAAUCCUGGAGCUUGAAGAAGACUGACGGCGUGCUUGGUGAUGUCGCACCAACAAUCCUUGCCUGCAUGGGUCUCUCGCAACCCGAGGACAUGGAUGGCCACAGCCUGCUCGUCAAGUCUUAGACCUCUGACCUCAUCCUCUUCCCGUAUCUGGCUUCGGCCAUAUGUUCGAUUUCUUGAUGCGUUGGUUCUGACCAAACGUCUUGGUGUAGAUUUGUAGAAUUAUGUAGAUGAUCGAAACGAUCAAUGAAGAAAUGCAAGCUUAUCAUGCG